UUAACCAUCCCCAGGCAAACUAGAAAUUGGUCGAGAAAACCGAAGUAAGGCCCAACCCGAUUCAUCUCUUCUCAAAUCGCUAUCGUCGAAGGGAAUUACAGUACAAAAGGACAAUUUCUUGGAGAGAUCUGCGUGAUCUUUGUUUACACUUUGGCGGCCAUGUCCAGGGCUCGUGUAUACGCUGACGUGAACGUUCACCGCCCAAGGGAAUACUGGGAUUACGAGUCUCUCACCGUUCAAUGGGGGUAAAUGAUCAAGAUGACUAUGAGGUCGUUCGGAAAGUGGGGAGAGGGAAAUACAGUGAGGUCUUUGAAGGUAUAAAUGUCACCAACAAUGAAAGAUGCAUUAUCAAGAUCCUCAAACCAGUGAAGAAAAAGAAGAUAAAGAGGGAGAUAAAAAUAUUGCAAAAUCUAUGCGGAGGGCCAAAUGUUGUGAAGCUGCUUGAUAUUGUCAGAGAUCAGCACUCAAAAACACCUAGCUUGAUAUUUGAAUAUGUCAACAGUACAGAUUUUAAAGUUUUAUAUCCCACAUUGACAGAUUAUGAUAUACGCUACUACAUAUAUGAGCUGCUCAAGGCAUUGGAUUAUUGUCAUUCACAAGGUAUAAUGCACAGAGAUGUUAAACCUCACAAUGUAAUGAUUGACCAUGACCUGCGGAAACUUCGUUUGAUAGAUUGGGGUCUUGCCGAGUUUUACCAUCCUGCCAAAGAAUACAAUGUCCGAGUAGCUUCAAGGUACUUCAAGGGGCCUGAACUCCUUGUGGAUUUGCAAGAGUAUGAUUAUUCAUUGGACAUGUGGAGCCUAGGCUGUAUGUUUGCAGGAAUGAUUUUUCGCAAGGAACCAUUCUUUUAUGGCCAUGACAAUCAGGAUCAGCUUGUGAAAAUUGCCAAGGUUCUUGGUACGGAUGAGUUAAAUGCGUAUUUGAACCGAUGUCAUUUAGAGCUUGACCCUCAGCUUGAAGCUCUUGUUGGAAGGCAUAGCAGGAAGCCAUGGUCAAGGUUUAUUAACUCAGAAAAUCAGCAUCUAGUUUCCCCGGAGGCCAUCGAUUUUCUUGAUAAGCUCCUUCGGUAUGAUCACCAGGAUCGGCUCACUGCUAGGGAGGCAAUGGCUCAUCCAUACUUCUUCCAAGUCAGAUCCGCGGAGAACAGCAGAAUGCGCACACAAUAGUCUAGGAAUCUGUUUGGUCACUACUUUAUUUCCCCUGCGGCCAACAUUCUUUGACUUCAUCCCAACUUGUGAAACAUAAUUUAUGCACUUCUGAUA